AUGGAUGUACAUGCUUGUCCUUGUCUUUUCUGCAACGGAACGAACAAAAGGGAGAGCAGCGUGCUGGCGAUUAUGUCGUGGUUGAAGAUGAUGGCCUGCUUGGGUAUGUUUUCCACAAAAAUGCGCACGAGCCACGCGAGUCCUGCGUGUGCUACCACCAAGUUCCUCCUGCUCCUCCUCGUGGCAACAGCCGCCGCAACGACCUUUGCUCUCGGCCAUGGCACCGGCACCGGCACGGCUGUCUGCGUGCCGCGGGAGCGUGAUGCCCUGCUGGCGUUCAAACACGGUGUCCCAUAUGAUCCCUCGGGCCGCCUCGCCUCGUGGCGGCGAGGCAGCGACUGCUGCCGGUGGAGGGGCGUAAGGUGCAGCAACCGGACUGGCCAUGUCCUCCAGCUUCGACUUGGAAAUAGCUACUCGUACUUUGAUCAGGAAUUUUAUACUGGUCGGAUAACAUCUUUGGAUGGCCAGAUAAGUCCAUCUCUAUUUUCUCUGGAGCAUUUGGAGCACCUUGAUCUCGCCUGCAAUUUUCCAUAUAUAUGUAGCAAUUGCGGUCAUGUUCCAAAACUAUGGGGCUCUCUAAAAAACUUGAGAUACCUGAACCUCUCCCAUGUACCAGUCCAUGACGACACGUUGCUUCUCGGUGACAACACGUUGCUUCGUCAGCUUGGUAACCUCUCUAAGCUGCAGUAUCUCGACCUUUCCUACACCACCUACACCAUAGUGCAACCAACAGAUUUUUUAAGCUUAACACAUCUACCUUUGCUACACCAUCUUGACCUUGGUGGGUUCAAUCUCACCAUGGUACAUGAUUGGCCUAGUAUCGUGAAUAUGAUUCCUUCUUUGCAAGUUCUCUAUCUUGCUGGUUGCUCGCUUCAUAAUGCCAACCAACAGCUCCCACGCUCGGACCUCGCAAAACUUGAGAGGCUUGAUCUCAGCUACAACCAUUUUGAUCACCCCUCCGAGUCCUGUUGGUUUUGGAAUUUGACAAGUCUCAAGUACCUCAACCUUCGAGAAACCUUUUUGUAUGGUCAUUUUCCCAAGACACUAGGACAAAUGACAUCCCUUCAAGUCUUUGACUUUUCAUACAACAAGUAUCUCGACGGCGGCCCCGGCGGCAUCAUAGCGCCAGGGUUGAUGAGAAACCUAUGCAAUUUGGAAGUACUAUACCUUGAAGAAGGCCUCUCGUAUGGGAACAUGGCAGAGUUGUAUGAGAGCUUGCCACAUUGCUCGUCCAGCCGACUAAGAGAACUGUAUUUGAAUGGAAACAAUAUAACCGGGACCCUACCAGCUGGGCUUGCCCAAUUCACCAGUUUGGCCACUCUCAUCCUCUCUGAUAACCAUAUGACUGGACCCGUGCCCACUGAGAUUGGUAGGAUCAACGGUUUGAUUUCCCUAGACCUAAGAAACAACAAUUUGACAGGUGUCAUCACCGAAGAACAUUUCUAUGGUUUCACAAGCUUACAGUAUAUAGAUUUAUCUAAUAAUCCUUUGACGAUUAUAGUAGAUCCUCGUCUGCUACCCCCACUGAAACUAGAGGAAGCAUAUUUUGCAUCUUGCCAAAUAGGUCCUCAUUUUCCUUCUUGGCUUCGGUUGUUGCCUAGAGCUGAUUACAUUGAUAUGUCAAACACGGGUAUAACCGGUCAGCUCCCAUACUGGUUCCCGGCAACACUUUCACAGGCUAUAUUUUUGAACUUCUCCCACAACCAGAUCAGUGGAAGCCUGCCAAAAAAUAUGGAAUCCAUGUCAGUGAACUAUCUCUAUCUAGAUAGAAACCAAAUAACUGGUGAAAUACCUCCACUGCCAGAAAACCUCACUUGUUUCUCCAUAUCUAACAAUUCUCUAUCAGGUCGUAUUACAAGAUCUAUCUGCAAAACCCAAAAGUUGAAGUGCUUGGAUUUAAGCAUCAACCAGUUGGAGGGAGAAUUUCCUCAAUGUAUCAAGAUGGGAUAUAUACGGAGUCUUAUAUUGAGUAACAAUAAGUUCUCGGGAAAGUUCCCAUCUUUUCUGCAAAGCACAUUAAUAAACUAUAAUAUGUUCUCUGGGAGUAUUCCAUCAAGCAUCAUCAAUCUUGGAGGGAUGUACAAUUUUGAUGUAGCAGGCAACAGACUGUCAGGUUCUAUACCUCGCAAUCUUUCAAAUUUGAAGGGCAUGGCAGGUCAGGUGCGAUACUUGAACGUAGACUCGAACUCGAUGCAACCUCAAUUUAUUUUGCCCGUGUUCACAAAGCGGCAAGAGCUUCAUUAUAAACAAACAUUUGCUAACUUCUCAAGCAUUGACUUAUCCUUGAAUUACUUAACUGGAGUAAUUCCGGAAGAAAUUACUUCUGUGAAUGGAUUGGUGAAUCUGAAUAUUUCUUGGAACUACUUGACUGGAGAAAUUCCACGCAGUAUUGGGUCCAUGAAAUCACUGGAAUCACUGGACCUAUCAAGGAACAAACUUUGUGGGGAAAUUCCAACGAGCCUAUCGAAUCUGACCUAUUUGGAAUCUUUGGAUUUGUCCUACAACAAUCUGUCUGGAAGAAUACCACCGGGAUCGCAACUUGACACUCUCUACGACUACUACCCAUACAUGUACAGCGGCAACGUUGGUCUCUGUGGGCGUCCCCUCCAACGGAAUUGUCCAGGAAGUAAUAAUGCAACAAAGCUAGUUCAUGGUGGUUCCAAGAGAAGUGCACAUGUGUCUGAUUCAAUGUUCUUUUACCUCGGGCUUGGGUCAGGGUUUGUCGUUGGCCUCUGGGUGGUGUUUUGUACCAUGCUCUUCAAGAAAACAUGGAGGAUUGCAUCUUUUCGGCUCUUCGACAAGGUAUAUGACAAGCUAUAUGUAUUUGUCGUUGUCGCCCGGGCAAGAUUAGCACAAAAGGCACUGCAACUCAUUGGGAAGCUUCGCUAG